UUAAUGUUGAUUAGACGUGAGGUGAUUUAUGCGUGAAAGCGGUUAACAAUUUUUUUAUUGUAUCUUUCGAUAUUUUUCGUUUGAUUAUAUUUAGUGGAUAUAUGCAUCAAAUAACUUUUAUCAGUCCAAUAUACGUAUUCGAUAGCAAAUUGUUUCAGACGUGUGUAGUGUAUAUUAAAUAAAUUUAACAACGAAAAACUCAUCAGGAGACAAAAAAUUAUAUUCCAUAAGCCAAAACGAACAAAUUGCAAAGAUAAAAAUCUGAACAUUUCCAUUGCGAUUUCUUUGCAAAAAAAUCAAAAUCAAUUACUUACAUUACCUAUUAUUAAAAAAAAAAAACAAGUGCAAUUAAAAUAAUAAUAAAAAACGUCUGCAACAAUAAUAAUAAUAAUAACAACAACAUACGAUGGGUUACACCAUACAGAACUCUGAAACUGGCGAAGUCGAUUAUAUAUACACCGAUGAUAGCACCACUGUAGAAUUACCAAAGUUCGACCAAGAAACUGGAGAACCGUUAAAUGGCAAACUUAAAGUGCGUUACAUUAAACACAAAAGUUUUCAUAUACCCAAGAAGUAUUUGCGUGGUACCCCAUGCGAAGAGUUUGACAAGCAAAUAAGUGGUGACUAUAAUGAAAAUUUUCCACCUCACGAUAUACAGGUCUUGCCAGUGAACGACAAAAACGAAAAACCCAAAAGUCCUCAAUAUGCCAGAGAAGACUAUCUGAAAAUGGAUGGUGUUAUAAAUGAAAUUGUAUUGGGUUAUAACAAAUCGUCACAUCACUUGCUCCUUAUUCCAACCUUGUUCUUUUUCAACAUAUAUCUGGCUUUGCUAUUGGGUAUUAUCGAAAUGUUUUUGCAUUGGUGGGCUCAUCACAAAAAUGGAUUAAAUACGAACAAGCAAAUUUACUUUCGCAGUCCAUUGCACUUAUUGACUUCACAGUUCUGUGCCGUUUGCCGAUCUGAAUCCGAAAUGGACAUAAAACUUUUUGAUAUGCUUAACAAGCACAUGCGCGAAGCAAGAAGGUCUAAGACACUACGAAACGUAUCAAAAGCGAUUAGUUAGAAAUAGAAAUCUAACUAAAUCUACCAAUAAAAUUAAAAGACAAGCUUUCUAAAAGACAGGAUGAGUAAUACGUAACUGACUUAACUUACAUUAUGUAAAGAGCUCAACAAACGUUGAACAAAUUCUCUCUUCCACAAUUAUAGAAAAUUGCCGUCUGAGAUGAACUAAUG